GCGGAUUGACUAUUGCAGGCUCUGUAUGUGGCGCAUGAGUAUGCGUUUCGGGAUGUAACGGCUGUAUCUCGGUUUAACGAUACUGAAUUUAAACAUAUAUACAAACAUAUAUAUAUGCACACGGGACUUAGAAGAUAGGAUACCUUAGGAGAGCGGACACUAAAUAAGGGAGUUUACGACAGCACGGAGCGGAGGCAGACACGGGAGCGUGGCAGGAGGGACGCUCUAGCAAACCCAACCGACACCGCACGCAGAAAUGGCGGAGCACCACGCAGCCAGCGACGGCAGGCACAAAGCGUCCACCAAUGCCGGGGGCUCGGUGCACGGGAACAGCCGACCCGGCGCCGCGGGUGGAGGAGGGGGCAAAGGAGGCCUGUCUGGCGGACUGACACAGCCAGCAGGGUGGCAGUCUCUACUCUCGUUUAGUAUUCUUUUCCUGGCCUGUCUGGCGGGAUUCAGCUCCAGACUUUUCGCGGUGAUCCGGUUCGAGAGCAUCAUCCACGAGUUUGAUCCAUGGUUCAACUAUAGAUCAACACAUCAUCUCACCACAAAUGGCUUCUACGAGUUCCUCAACUGGUUUGAUGAAAGGGCCUGGUACCCAUUGGGAAGGAUUGUUGGUGGCACAGUAUACCCAGGGUUAAUGGUGACUGCGGGCCUCAUCCACUACGUGCUCAACCUGCUCCACAUUACUGUCCACAUCCGUGAUGUGUGUGUCUUUCUGGCACCGGUGUUCAGCGGUCUGACCGCCAUCUCCACCUUCCUGCUGACAAGGGAGCUGUGGAACCAGGGUGCAGGUCUGCUGGCGGCCUGCUUCAUUGCCAUCGUCCCUGGCUAUAUCUCCCGCUCUGUCGCAGGCUCUUUCGACAAUGAGGGCAUCGCCAUCUUCGCCCUCCAGUUCACUUACUACCUCUGGGUGAAAUCAGUGAAGACAGGCUCAGUAUUCUGGACUAUUGGCUGCUGUCUCUCCUAUUUCUACAUGGUGUCGGCGUGGGGUGGCUAUGUGUUCAUAAUCAACCUGAUUCCUCUGCAUGUGUUUGUGCUGCUGCUGAUGCAACGCUACAGCAGAAGAGUCUACAUCGCAUACAGCACUUUCUACAUUGUGGGUCUCGUACUGUCAAUGCAGAUCCCUUUUGUCGGCUUCCAGCCAAUCAGGACCAGUGAGCACAUGGCUGCUGCCGGUGUGUUUGCACUUCUCCAAGCCUAUGCCUUCCUGCAGUACCUGAAGGACAGGCUUACCAGACAGGAGUUCCAGACGCUUUUCUUCCUCGGAGUCUCUCUGGCUGCCGGCGUGGUCUUCCUCACCGUGAUCUAUCUCACAUACACAGGAUACAUCGCUCCAUGGAGUGGUCGUUUCUACUCUCUCUGGGACACGGGCUAUGCAAAGAUCCACAUCCCCAUCAUAGCGUCGGUGUCGGAGCACCAGCCGACGACAUGGGUCUCCUUCUUCUUUGACCUCCACAUCCUGGUCUGCACCUUCCCAGCAGGCCUCUGGUUCUGCAUCAAGAACAUCAACGAUGAACGAGUGUUUGUGGCCCUGUACGCCAUCAGUGCAGUCUAUUUUGCCGGCGUGAUGGUGCGUCUGAUGCUGACACUGACACCGGUGGUGUGCAUGCUGUCAGCCGUGGCCUUCUCCAGCGUCUUUGAGCAUUACAUGGGAGACGACACAAAGAGGGAGAAACCCCCUGCUGAAGACAGCAGUGAUGAGGAUGACAAGAGGAAUUCUGGGAAUCUCUAUGACAAGGCUGGAAAGGUGCGCAAGCAUGUGUCAGAGCAGGAGAAAGCAGAGGAAGGUUUGGGUCCAAACAUUAAGUCCAUAGUCACCAUGUUGAUGUUGAUGCUGCUGAUGAUGUUCGCCGUCCACUGCACCUGGGUCACCAGCAACGCCUACUCCAGUCCCAGUGUGGUGCUCGCCUCGUACAACCACGACGGGACGCGUAACAUCCUGGAUGACUUCAGGGAGGCUUACUACUGGUUGCGACAGAACACAGACGAGCAUGCCCGCGUCAUGUCGUGGUGGGACUACGGUUACCAGAUUGCCGGCAUGGCCAACAGGACCACGCUCGUAGAUAACAACACAUGGAACAACAGUCAUAUAGCACUGGUAGGGAAAGCCAUGUCAUCCAAUGAGAGUGCAGCCUAUAAAAUCAUGAGGUCGCUAGAUGUGGACUACGUGUUGAUCAUUUUCGGAGGAGUGAUCGGCUACUCAGGGGACGAUAUAAACAAGUUCCUGUGGAUGGUGAGGAUAGCGGAAGGAGAGCACCCGAAGGAUAUCAGGGAGAGUGACUACUUCACCCCACAAGGAGAGUUCAGGGUGGACAAGGCCGGUUCACCAACUCUGCUCAACUGCCUCAUGUACAAGAUGUCCUAUUAUCGAUUUGGUGAAAUGCAGCUGGACUUCCGGACACCACCUGGCUUCGAUCGCACACGCAACGCUGAGAUCGGCAACAAGGACAUCAAGUUCAAGCACCUGGAGGAGGCGUUCACCUCGGAGCACUGGCUGGUCAGGAUCUACAAGGUGAAGAACCUGGACAACAGAGAGCCUCUGGACCACAAGCUUCGCAGUGUAGUGCCCAAGCAGAAGUACACCUCCAAAAAGACCGCCAAGAGGAAGCGAGGACACAUCAGGAACAAGCUCGUCCUGAGGAAAGGCAAGAAACUACAAAAGAAAUAAUGAUGAUGAUGAUGAUGAACUCUUCUAGGAAAACAAACAAAUAAAUGCGAAGAAACCUCUAACAACCAAUGAAGAAGAACACAGGGGCCAUUUGGUCUCAAGCGCUUCUCAUUAGGGCGCCCCCAUGUGUUGAGGAAGUUGAAGUGUCGUAUCUGGCUAGCUCCAGAACUAUUGUCCGUUUUAUCCUGAGGACCGCUGUCUUGCUUUUUUUUCUCUUGUUUUUGUUUUUCUGUUGUUUGUUUAUUUUUUUAAUUUGUACUUGAAUGUGUGGCAAGGUAUAGGGCUGCUCUACUUGGUUUGGCGUCUGUUAAUUUUUGUGGUACGUUUAUUAACUGCUUAUCAGUACGGGGGUUGGGUGAAGGGGAAACGAGAGAAGACUAGGAACAUUUGCACCAAAGACCCAUCGACCUUGCUCCAUGGCACAUGCGAACUUAUUACUGAGAGUGAGGAAGCGCAGGAGUGAAAGCUGAGGACUUUGUUCCUGACACGUGUACAGAGGACAGUAUGCGGUAUGGAGGAACGUUACCAUCUAGGCACAGCCCAUCUGUAAUAUUAACCUUUUUAUCAUCAUCAUCAUCAUUUACAUCUGCCUGGCUCCCUGACCCUUAUUUUUCAACAAAUUCUUUAAGAAAAAUUGGCCUAAUAUGUAAAUAUGUUAUGUAAAGAAAAUGUCUAAAAGGAUGGUAAUAUAUUGGAUUAUGGUGUGGUGAUUUUUAAAUAUGCAGUUUUUGUUCUUCUCUUAAUUUCAUUAUGUGAUUGUUUUUGGAGGGGUUUUUGUUUGUUUUUGUUUGUUUUUGUUUUGUAUGACAACAAAUAGAACAGUGAAUGCAAUAAUUCUUGUACAGAGGGGCUUGAGAUUUUGUUGAAAGAAUGAAUGUGAAUUUUUACAAAGUUCCCCCCUCCCCCCUUUUUCAUGAAUUGCAUAGAUUGUAUAUUUCUGCUGCUAGGAUUUUAAAGACGGAAGCAAGCAACUGUGUGUAAAAAGUAGUGAUAAUAAAUUAGGCGGAGGGAGCUCUCUAGUUCAGUGAGCAAAGCCUAGUGCCUCAUCGCUGGUCAUCAUCACCUCGUUCAUUUGUGACAGUCUACCUUGUUAACGUUUUGUUUAGCUCAUUAUGUAUCAAUGGGGCGGGUUGGGUGCUUCGACCAGACUGAUGCAGUGGAAACUGGAAAUUUUCAAGAUGUCUGGAAAUAGACAAUGGUGAACUGUGAAGAGGGGUAGUUGUACUGAAAUUAGAGAAGACAUGUUAACUGAGGUCAGGAAAGGUAAGAACUUCCAUCACUGUCUGAAACUUAAAGAUACUCUCGAGCUGUGUCCCAAUUCCAUACUGCAUACAAGUCUUAGGUAGUGAGUAUGUAGCUUAUUCACACUGUAGAAUUAACCGCUGUUCUCUAAAUAUGUCAGUGAGCAUUAAUACUUCAACCAGCUGUUAUUAUACGUGUCAAAAAAAAUAACAAAAAUGUCCAGAAGUUUCCCAGAGCCCAAAGUUGUCUUGGUGAUGAACAGUCUAAAAACAAAACAUAUUUAAUUCAUUAACAGAGAAACAACAAUCUAAAAAGUAAAACAAGCAAAUAUCACUCAAUUAAAAAGCUUACCAAUUAAUUUUUAAUCAUUUCCCUUCAAAUCUAGUUUGUUCACUGUAGAAUAAACAGCUAUUCUCAAAUAUGUCUGUAAGUGUGCGGGUGACAAACAAGUAUUUUUAUUAUCAUUCAUAAUCCGCCAAUUAUUUUCUCAAUUAAUUGAUUAUGUUUUUGUCUAUAAAAUGUCAUAAAACAAAAAAAAAAAAGCCUGUAACAGUUUCACAGGUGACGUCAGUAAAUGUUUUGUUUUGCCUGAUGGACUGAUAGAGGGUCCAAAACAGAAAAAUAUACAGUUUAGAAUGAGAGAAAAGGCUUUUACAUUUGAGGAUCUGCAACAGACAAAUAUUUGGCAUUGAAAAAUGACGCAAACAAUUAAUUGAUUGUCAAAAAUUGUUGCAGAUCUAUGGGUUAUUCCACUGAUUAAGAAUUGCUGCACCAUAAAGUAUGGGACUUUGCAAGAGACCAGCAAACCUGCCUGGUUUUUGCCCAUGUCUUUCAAACUCCACAUCCUCAGUUUGUAACUUAGUUAAAAAUGUUAAAUCUCAAGCUCAGUCAUAGACAAACCUGACGAUAUCACAAUUGCUUCAUGUGUAAAAGUGAUGGAGUGGCCCUUUCAUUUUCUGUCAGUUGACUCUAGUAUCUGGUACAGAUACUAGUUUAGAUAGAUUUUUUGAUUCCACUGUUAAUACUUGAUGAAUCUGCUUUGUUAAAGUACCUCAGAAUCAAUUCAAUAUUUCGUGCAUAGUGUAUACUUAGUAAUAUUAGUUUAUAGUAGAGCUGCAGUUAACAGUUAUUUUAGUUUUUAAUUGUUUGGAGCCUAAAAUGUCAGAAAAUACUUUUAGAAAAUGCCUUUCACAGUUUCCAAGUCCAAGAUGACAUAUUGUAAUUGUUUUUUUGUCCAACCCACAGACAACACGCCCCCCCCCCCCCCCCCCCCUUAACUGAUGGUUAAAGCUCUAGUGUACAGAAUAGGAUUGGGACACAGCUCUAAUCAGCAGUAACCUUUGACGACUUCUCCUAUGGGCACUGCACUGUUCUUUGUGUUUUGGUUCCUACAGAUGCCAUGUGUAAACACUAAAGGAGUUUCUGUAUGUGCACGCUUCAGUAACCUUUUUAUUUUUUAUCAAAUAAGUGACACAUCAAAAGACUAACACAUCAUACAACUGUACUUCUUUUUGUCACAUCUCACAAAAAGUGACUUUAUUAGUUUCUCCUCUUUAUUUUUUCUUGACACCUUUUUUAAAAAAAAAAAAGAAAAGAAAAAACUUACGUGAAUCACUUUGUUCUCUUUGCUUUUGAUCUUCUCUGCAACUGUGUGUCACCAUUUCAGGCUUCAGACCUUUGACACAAUGCCACAUUGUUAUUCAGUUACACAACGCCUAAAACUGUGUCAUGUCCUUUGAUUUCUCAUUUGUCAAAAGGAGAGAGAUCAGACUAAGCCUUAAUGUGAUGUACAGUUUGUUUCCCUUUUGUUCAUUUUGUGUUCCUUUUUGAAUUAGGAACGGUGGAACAGUUCUUUCCUCUACUAAGUUCACUCAUUUCUUAGUAGCUCAGUGCCGUCUGUCCCCCACACCGUUCUUUGGUUUGAUGCAGUCCCUCCCCGCUUCUCUCUGCUCACCUUCAAAGUUUACAUUUUUACAUUGUUGUUCUGUUCAGCCAUCUUUAAAUACACACUUCAAUGAAAA